GGAGGCGAGGAGAGAGGAUGCGAGGAGAUAGAUAUUGAGAUGUAUCAUUUGUAUUUGCGCCUCCUUUAUUUCUAUAGGAAAUUCGUAUUUAAUCUCCUUUAUUUAUAUAAAGGAGGCGCAAAUACAAAUAGGAAAAUCUCAGUAUCUGCUCCUCGCGAAGUCUGUCACGAGCCUCGGGAGUGAUUUGAUAAACACGGAAGUGAGACUGGACUUCAUGGAAACAAAUAUUUACCGCACCGUCUCAACGUGUUGUGUCGCAGUCAUUCUCGAUUCGUUUUAGCGGUGCACGGACUUAGUUUACGCGCUUUCUGUUGUUAUCUUGAAUUAACCCUAAUUAUUUCUAGUUCAGUUGUAGAUUAGUUGAGCACGAUGAAAAAUGUUAUUGUUAUUCAUGUGAUAAUGCUAAGUAUUGGAAUUCAGGUGAAUUGCGCUUUGGAUUUCGAGAAACCGCGCACAGCAUAUACUGUGAAGAUCUUUGGGUUCUCAUGGGAGAACUGCGGUAAGCCAGACGACCCGGCGGUUCUGAAGACCCUAACCCUGUCCCCGGACCCCAUCACAGUUCCAGGGGACCUAAAGGCCAGUGCGUCCGGGAACACAACCGUCGAGCUGGCCGCUCCCCUCGCUGUGAACGUGACACUGGAGAAGGAGGUGGCAGGGUUCUGGGUCAAGGUGCCGUGUGUGGAAGAGAUCGGGAGCUGCCAUUACGCAGACGGCUGUGAGCUGCUCAACCAGCUGAUACCGCCAGGACAGGACUGUCCUGAACCUCUACACACCUACGGCAUCCCCUGCCACUGUCCCUUUAAAGCUGGGAUGUACACGCUACCAGAGUCCGACUUCUACCUCCCUCACAUUGACCUGCCCUAUUGGCUGACCAACGGACACUACAGGGUACAGGGAGUACUGGGAGCUAUGGGAAAAGAACUGGGCUGCCUCAAAAUCACCUUUGCUGUCCACUCUAAUAACUAAACGAUGGAUAAACGACUUCCUCUUUCCACUCUAGUUAAAUGGAGGCUACAGGGAACAUAAAUGUGCCAUUCAGUGAGCUGCGAUACUGAAGCUUUUUGUCGUCUUUAUUCUCACGGGAACUUCUGCUCUCAUCUCUUCCCAUCUCAUCAAACUGCCAAUUGAGAACGGGGCCUGUAUAGACAAAGUCUCUCUCUGAGUAGGAGUACUGAUCAGUUUUACCUUUACAAUCGUAAUGAAUAGGAGGGUGGACCUGAUCCUAGAU